GUCAUUGUGCUGAAUUCCAAGCCAGUAGGGCAUCUAUGUUGAAGGCUUGUGGUUACUUUCACACUUGAGUUAAUACUAAAUCAAAUUCUGAAAUUUUGAACAAUAGUUUUCUGCUGCCAUAUUUAAUAAGGGAUACAUUCGUACCUUUGCAUUCCAUCAAGCUGGCAUUUUGGGUGUUGAAUCACAGUUUGUCUGGGUUUAAGGUUUAUUGUAAUGUUUGGAUCAAGGAUAACUCCAGGGAAGUAAGGCUGUCAUAUGUGAUCAUGGACAUUUUUUGUUGAAAGGCAGAGCUUGUGUUGCUUAUUGUAGUGAUGGGUCAGCGGCUGAGUGAGGAUUCGGAUGAGAAAGAGAUUGAUGUUGCUGAACUGCAGGAGUGGUACAAGAAGUUUGUGGUGGAAUGCCCAAGCGGAACACUCUACAUGCACGAGUUCAAGAGCUUCUUUGGCGUUACUGGCAACCAGGAAGCAUCAGAUUACAUAGAAAACAUGUUCCGGGCUUUUGACAAAAAUGGGGACAACACUAUUGAUUUUCUGGAAUACGUUGCGGCCUUGAAUCUAGUGCUGAGAGGAAAGCUUGAGCACAAACUGAAAUGGACUUUUAAAAUGUAUGACAAGGAUGGGAGUGGCUGUAUCGACAAAACAGAGCUUAAGGAGAUUGUGGAGUCAAUCUACCGACUAAAGAAAGCAUGCCAUGGUGAACUUGAUGAAGAGUGUAACCUCCUCACCCCAGAUCAGGUGGUGGACCGAAUAUUUGAGCUAGUGGACGAGAAUGGAGAUGGGGAGUUGUCUCUGGAUGAGUUCAUUGACGGGGCACGGCGAGACAAAUGGGUCAUGAAGAUGCUGCAAAUGGAUGUUAACCCCGGGGACUGGAUUAAUGAACAGCGACGCCGCAGCACCAACUAUUGAACUCCAUAUUAACAAAACAAACCCAUAACAUACUGGAAACCAACCCCUUCAGCAAAUAUUACACACAGAUUAUACAUAGUUUCUCAAAAUGUUAGGCCUGGAAAAAAAGUGAACCUUAAUCCAUCAGCUCCAAACAUUUUGAUAAAAUGUUGAGCUGGAUCUUUGGUUUGGAGGGAAAAGACCUUGCUUCUGUCUCUGCCUAUCCCUCUUCUUUUCUCAUAUAUUCCCCAUUGCAUUUCUCCCUUGAGUGUGUUUUGAAAACAACAUUUAUUUUAUUUAAAUGUGUAUAUUCAUGUUUUCUUUAUUCUUUCCCUCAUAUUUGUUCUUGAGAACUGUGAAAGUCUUUAUUUCUGUUAUUACUUAUGCUUCAGAUGAUGCAAUUUUGAGUUUGAUUGUCUGUCAAAUAUUACACAAUAAAUGGGAUUAUUCACCCAGA